ACUUGUCUUUCAAAUACAUUUGUUAAUAAUUAUUUAAAAUGAUUUUGUACCCUCAAACUCAUUAAUAAGUCAUCAAGUAACAAAGGGAAUCAUAACUGUGGAGAUUGUUGGUUUUCUGAUUGUAAUUAGCAUCGUAGAUUUUUACCAUCUUAUUUCCCAGUUUUAUUAGUUUUGAUUGAGAAAAAUAAUAUGAAACAUUAAAGAGAGUGUUUUUAAUUACAAACUUACCAAUCACCUUGAAGUUCAUCAAAAUAUAUACUCUGUGUGCUAUUUUCAGCUCUUUUCAUUGUGUUUGGUAUUAUGGUAAAAAAACGUCUCUCAUGUUUAAAUGUAUGCUUUGUAUUAAAAGGUUUUGAAGUCUUGCAACUGUGCAUGUUUUUCAAUUAACUAGGCUGAAAGUGAUUAGUCAGAAAUGAGUUAAAUUUUAGUUCCCGACAUUAGGUCUGAGGUUGCAAAUAGUACAGUUAUGCUUCCUGAGUAUAAAAAUGCACUAAUUAAUACUUAAUGCAUUAAUUUGUGCACUCAUUGCAACUCCAGUUGACCAAUGAUUUAAUAACACAAGAUCCCUUAAGCUUUAAAAGUUAUGUUCAGUUCUUUGUAUCCCAAUCUCUAGUCACGCAAUUGGUUAAGUCAAAAGAUAACAUCAAGAGAUUACGAAUGAAGAUGGAGCCAAAGCAAGCAAGGGACUUUGAGUUUGAUGAUGGCAAGUCACGUGAGGUGUUUUGUCAACUUGUUCAACAAUUGAAACAUCAGCAUUCUAAAGACAUGACAAAGAAUCAAGCGUCAAUUUUUAUUGGGACAUGGAACAUGGGUAAUGCUAAUCCUCCUGCUGAUAUGAAGUCAUGGCUCAAGUGCCAAGGCAGUGGUAAAACAAUGGAUGCCACCUUGGCCCAAUUUCCACAUGAUAUCUAUGCUUUUGGCACACAGGUUUGUAAUACACCACUGUUUAGGAAAGGAGCCUGCGCCAGAAGACCAGACUCGAGAGGCGGAUGGAAAAAGUCUAGAAACACAAGUAUCAUUGCAAGGGAGGACAGUAGACUCGAAAGAAGGAUAAGGACGGUGAUUGAAUUCCAGUGCCAGGCCCCAGCCCUCAAUCAAGACCAUUGUUGGGUCCAGUCAUCACUUUUGAAAUCCUUCUUGCAGGUUGCUGUGUGUUCAUUGUGGAGUAUUCGACUGGUUGUGUUUGUUAAUCAAGACUUCAAAAACAUGAUAUCUCAUGUCCAGCAAUCUAGUGUUAAAACUGGCAUAGCUAAUGCUCUUGGUAACAAAGGUGGUGUGGGCAUCUCAUUUUCUCUGGGUCCAGUGUCCCUGUGUUUUGUCAACUGUCAUCUAGCUGCAAGAAGUACUGAAGCACGGGUGUUAAGGAGGAAUCAGAAUUUCCUAGAUAUUCUCAAUGGACUUAAUCUUGGUCAAAAAGGUGUGUUUGGUAUCGUACACCAGUUCCAUCAUGUGUUUUGGUUUGGAGAUCUCAAUUACAGAAUAGAUUUGGAAGUUCAGGUGAGAGAUUUUCAUUCACUUACUGUAUUAUACACUCAGGUACUCAAGUCUAUUGUGUGUGAACUACCAGAUAUCAAAUUGUUUAGUUCUGUUUCAGAGGAGGAAUCGAUUAACUUUGCACCAACAUACAGAUACAAACGAGGUAGUGCUGAAUACAUCUGGGAGAAAGUCAAGAGAUCAGGGGUGCUGAUGAAUGUGCCAUCUUGGUGUGACAGAGUGCUGAAGCACUCUUUUCCACAGUCUAAAAUCAGCUGUACUUCAUAUGGCUGCACUACAACCAUCAAAACAAGCGACCACUGGCCUGUUUUCUGUACUUAUGAUGUGUCUUUGCCUUUCACUGUUUCACCAGGUAUUUUGAAGUAAUAACUUAAAACAUGUUUUACCAGAUGAACCAAAACCUUUGUUGUUAAUGCACUAGGAUGUAAUCAGUGGUAUUGGAUGUUGUUCAAUGGUUUGAGUACGGAUCCUGUGACCUUUCUUUGAUUAUCUAAGUUGAGGGCUGCACUUAAACUAACCUUAAAGUGAGACAAUCCCAGAUAUUACAGGGUGUAAUUUGCAGCUCAAUGUAACCCUUCACUUAAAUCUUUUGUACAUAGCAUAACACUUGUGAUGUUAACAAAGAAGUAACUAAACGUAGGUACAAAACAUUUUAAUUACCUUAAUUUUCCCUGUACAUAGUUCUUAUUCUUUUGUUAAUAUCUUUCAUGUUUGUAAAAUUUUAUAUUUUGUGUAUAGUAGGUCCACAUCAGCCCUUCGGCUGCCAAAUCGCCUCCACAA